CGGUUUCAAGAUGGCAGACAUACAGAAGAAACUCCAAGCUGACAUAGAAAAGUAUCAACAAUUACAGAAAGAUUAUCAGAAGGUUGUAAGUCAAAGACAGCAGCUUGAUGGUCAACUAAAUGAGAAUACUUUAGUGAAAGAGGAAUUUGCGCGUUUAGAAGAGGGAGCCAAUGUUUAUAAGAUGAUUGGUCCUGUCCUUGUUAAGCAGUCAAUACCAGAAGCAAAACAAAAUGUACAGAAACGUAUUGACUACAUAACUGGAGAAUUAAAACGACAUGAAGUUUCUAUUAAAGAUUUUGAGAAAAAACAGGAAACAUGUCGUGAAAGUUUAGCAAAAUAUCAACAGCAACUCCAGCAAGCCCAAGUGAAAGCUGCUGCCCGUAGCUAAGAGACGGGUGUGGAAGGGAAAAUAAAGACACAGAGAGGGUUGUUACAUCAACUCAAAAUCAAAUCUAGUGUAAACAUUUUUAUUUGGAGAAAAGUACAUUGCACCAGACUUUUUAAAAUAUAUUUGAUGGUUAACUGACGGAUACUAGAUCAGUCUAAUAUUGACAGAGUGGAAACAUACUGAUGUCAUUUAAUUUUAUACCAUGCAUCUGUGUUAUCUGGCAAGUAAUGAAAAGAGAUAAGUGACAGUUUGAAAAUCUAGCUAUAAUUUAUAGUAAAAUAAAUAUUGUAUCGACA